CGUCGAGAGCCAAAACAUCAAUUCACCCGGAGCUCAAGGAGACCAGAAAAGAAGAGAAACAACAACAACAUGGCAGCCGCAGAAUCAGAAGCGUCCUACAUCGAUUACGAAGCGUUCGCAUCACCAGACUUCCACGCACCGUCAUUCGCCAAUACUCUUGUCCUUUCCACCAACGAUGCAAACGACACAUCGAUUGAUCUCUCCACACCACUCUCACGAGUCUUAUUCGACGUACAAGAGGUCGAUACGCAUAUUGACUCCCUCACCACCUCAUCUGCGCUACCUCUGAUCAAGCACACGUCAACACGCGCGAAAGCCAGUACACAUGUUCUCGACACUCUCGAAUCGCAGGUCCAGGGACUACAACAAGCAUACACAAGAUUGCAUCAAGAUGUGGUGGACAGAUACGAACAAGCCGAACAAGUUCGUCUAGCUGCGGACAGGCUUGCAAACACAUUGCGACUCGCGAGGGCCGUCGCAAGAUGCCUACAACUGGGUCGCACUCUCGAAGGGAACAUGGUCGACACAGAUAAGCCGCGCGAGGGCUACCGUUCUCUUGCGCCUGCGGCCAGGACAGUCUUGUCGCUCCGACGAACCUUGGGGCCUGACGACGUGGCCGAGGCGAGGUUGCUCGCACGCGUGAAUGCCAUCACAGCGCUACGGACUGAAUUGCUCGAGCCGUCUGAAAGGAGUCUACUCGCGAAGUCUCAGCAGAGCGUGCGUGAGUUCAGCAUGUCAACACUGACCGGUUCAUCGGGAGGUGCAGCCUCAGUAUUCGCACAGCAUGAUGACACAAGAGCAAGGACUUUGGCAGCUCUGCAUACGCUAUAUCUUCUUUCUCCGGUGAGCUUGCCGCCAAAGUCAUCCACUGUUAGAGGAGCCACUUUCAAUCCGACCGUGUUGGUGACGGCAUUGCAGUCUUACUUGCAGACAUCCCUCACGGCAUCAGCCACUGCCUUAGCUCGUGCCUUGGCUACUCUUCCGACACUUGAUCGCACACUGCUUGACAUCAGCGCGAGAUGUCAGAACAUCGUAGCAUUGGAGUCUCUACUAUCGACGGCCAAACCUCCGGUCCACCCCCUGCUGUCUGCUGCUCCCGACAGCACUCCACCUGCUCCCCUUGAACCUCCGCCUACUUUCUUAGGGCCUCUUCUUGCAGCACUGGACACAACUUCUCUCCCAUCUUAUUUCUGGCGCUCUUUGGCCUCUUCUCUAGCGCCAAGAGUACAAGAGAUCAUCGCUCGUGGAGGUGUCAGCGCUCGAACCUUGAAGACGAACAAGGACAAGGUCAAAGAUGCGGUCAGAGAGUGCGUGCAUCGAGGCAGUCAAUUGCCAUCUUCGACAGGUUCGAAGAGGGUAAUAGGAAACUGGGAGAGAGAGGCUGCUGUUAUGGUAGGUAGCAUUCUUGGUUCUCUUGGUCGAUAGAAACAGUAAUCAAUGAUUGCAUGAAAGCAUCAAUAUUCUGAGGAAAUUGAACAUAAAAUGC